AUGGAGGUGUGCGUCUUUAUGGACGCCAGCGAUCAGGUCUGGGGUGCGGUGGCCACGCAAAUACCGCCGGACGACCUGAGUCUGCCUUUGGAAGAGCAACAUCACCAGCCGCUGGCGUUCCUCAGCGGCAACUUUAGCAGUGCCAGCGCGCGCUGGCCGAUUGUCGAAAAGGAGGCGUCGCUGUCGUCGAGGCCUGCAAGCGGCUCGACUAUCUGGUGA